AUGGCCCCCAAUAGAGUCCUCUCCUCUCCCUCUCCCCCCAGCAACGAGCCCGGCACAAUCCUCCUCGAGACCUCCAACCUCCUCAUCCGCCGCUGGCAUCCCUCCGACGCCCCCGCGCUCGCCGCCGCCGCCAACCACCCCUCCAUCACGCCCAACCUGCGAGACCGCUUCCCCAUGCCCUACCGCCUCGCCGACGCGGAGAGCUACCUCGCCAACUUUGUCUUCUCCGACGAGGGCUACCCGCACGCCAUGGCCAUCUUCGUCAAGCCAAACGCCGGCCACAACGACUCUUCUGAACCGCUCUUUAUUGGUGGCGCGGGCCUCGAGAGCAAGGGCGACGUGUAUUACCGCACGUGGGAGCUCGGGUACUGGUUCACGCCGUCGGCGUGGGGGAAGGGCUACGCGACGGAGUUUGUGAGGGCGGUUGUGCCGUGGGCGUUUAAGACGUGGCCGAGAUUGAACAGGAUUGAGGCCAUGGCGUAUGCGAGGAACGAGGCGAGCAAGAGUGUUUUGAGGAAAUGCGGAUUCACGCUGGAGGGUGUGAGGAGGGGGGCUUUGGAGAAGGACGGGGAGGUGCUGGAUGAGUGUAUGAUGGGGAUUCUGAGGAGUGAUGUUGAAGAAUGA